AUGGGCGAGAGGGAGGCUGAGCUGGGCGCCUUGGCCAUGGAGGGGCAGCCGGUCAUCGCCCUGGCUCAGUACCCUGGAGUCUCCCGGGAGCGCUUCCUGCAGGAGAUCUACCCACUGAGAAAGCCGGCAGUACUGAAAGGCAUAGAUUUGGGCCCCUGCACAGCCAAAUGGACCGUGGAUUACCUUAGUCAAGCAGUAGGAAGUAAAGAAGUCAAGGUUCACGUCUCUGCUGUGCCACAGAUGGAUUUCCUCAGUAAGAACUUUGUGUAUAGAACACUGCCCUUUGAUGAAUUUGUAAAGAGAGCAGCUGAACCCAAACACACGGAGUACUUUAUUUCUGAGGAUGAAAAGUAUUAUCUGCGCUCUCUUGGCGAAGACCCUCGGAAGGAUAUCGCAGACCUCAGAAAACAGUUUCCCCUGCUGGCGGAUGACAUUUGGAUCCCUGAAUACUUUGAGAAGGAGCAGCUCUUCUCCACGGUCUUCCGCAUCGGCUCAGCAGGACUACAGCUUUGGACCCAUUAUGAUGUAAUGGAUAACUUCUUGAUUCAAGUGAUGGGGAAGAAACGAGUCGUAUUGUACAGCCCUCGGGAUGCCCCUUAUUUGUAUUUAUCAGGCACCAAGUCAGAGGUGUUGGAUGUGGACAUGCCGGAUUUGAAGAGAUAUCCUCUCUUUGCCAAGGCCAAACGUUAUGAGUGUGUUCUCAACGCAGGAGAUGUUUUGUUCAUACCAGCUCUGUGGUUCCACAAUGUGACUUCGGAGGAGUUUGGGGUUGGAGUCAAUGUCUUUUGGAAACACCUCCCUGCUGAAUGUUACGACAAGACAGACACUUAUGGAAACAAAGAUCUCGCUGCAGCCUCAAGAGCAGCUCAGAUUUUGGACAGGGCAUUGAAGACACUCGACGAGCUGCCUGAGGAAUACAGAGACUUCUACGGCCGGAGAAUGGUUUUACUUAUCCAAGAAAAAAUGUAUAGCACAAAUUAUGAAUAAAG